GCGACCUGGGACCUCCUUCUUGACUUGUCGUUGAAUACUGCGGUAUUUCAAGUUGUUUGUCGUUGUCACGUCGCAGUUGGACAAGUCGAAGAAUACCUUGCCUUACCACUCCAGCACGGUCAUCCAGCACAGCCACGAUCUGUUAUCGCUGAGCAGGGCUAGAUUUCUUGGACGCCACUUCCCAGUUCAAGGUUGAGAAUAAUUGGAACUGACGACAGGCAUUGCACGGCGCUAGGAUUCUGACAAUUCUGCCACCUUCCAGCAAGUGCCUGCUUCCUCUUCCCUUCACCUCCACUAUGCCGUUCUUCGACUUCCCGCAAUCAGUGCGCGUGAGGAAUCUCGCCAGCGCCUCACUCAUCGCCUUCAAACAACGGCGACAAACCUCCCUCGUCGACCCGUUAUCACUCGAUGCGCAGUUCCCGAUCUGGGACGCCGUCACCAACGCGACCAUGUCAGCCGUCGCGAACCACGACUCACAUCCGGACUUCCUCAACCUCGCCGGGCUGGUCAGCGAGGCCGUCCUCGAGGUCGUUUUUGUCGCUUUGCCCGGAUUCCUCGUCGCCAUCACGGGCAUGUUUGACGCCAACAGCCAGAAAUUCGUCGCCGAGCUCAACACCAUGGUCUUCACCCCAUGCCUCAUCUUCACCAAACUCGCCAGUCAACUCAACGCCGACAAGCUCGCCGAUCUCGUGGUGAUACCGUUCAUCUUCGCCGCACAGACUCUUGUCUCAUUCGCAUGUGCGCAACUGAUGGCGUGGGCGUUUGGAUUUGGAAAGAAACAUAAGCAGAUGCAGAAGAACUUCGUGUUGGCUAUGGGCGUGUUUGGAAACUCGAAUUCAUUACCGAUAUCGUUGGUGUUGAGUUUGAGCAAGACAAUUGCAGGAUUACAUUGGGACCAGAUACCGGGCGACAACGAUGAUGAGGUUGCUGCGAGAGGAAUUUUGUAUCUCCUCAUUUUUCAACAGCUAGGACAGCUUCUGCGAUGGACAUGGGGAUACAGUGUGUUGCUCCGACCAGCUUCGGAAUAUGAAGACGACCAGCGGAGAGAUGUGGAGGAGGAGGAUCGCAGCAUUGAGGAAGGACCGUACACGGACGAUCCAGACAGAACAGACACCCCGAGCCCACCGCUCUCUCGAUCCGGCCAGAGCGGCAUAGGCGCUACGCCUGGAAACGGCAACGACAUUAGCACUGAGCCGAGAAAUUUGACCCACCACGAUGACAGCGACGAUGACUUCACCCAGUUUCCCAACUUCUCCCGCAACAAUUCCACCAACAAGGCGCCUCAAAUCAAGGAGCCCACCGGAUGGAAGGCACCUCUCUACCGUGUCAAGAACUGCGCAACCCGCACAGGUCGACGAGUCUCCUCCACCCUGUCAACAUUCUUCUCCAACCUCUUCCGCCGCCUUCCCACACCUAUCCAAAAAGUCCUCAAAACCUUCCACUACUACAACUCGAAAUUCUGGGCCGGCGUCUGGCGCCAAAUGAACCCUCCUCUCUGGGCCAUGCUUGCCGCGCUCAUCGUCGCCUCUGUCCCCGACCUCCAACAUCUCUUCUUCAGCAAGGGAACCCUGGUCUCCAACUCUGUCACACGCGCCAUCCAACAAUCCGGCAACGUCGCGGUACCUCUCAUCCUCGUCGUGCUCGGUGCCAAUCUUGCCCGCUCCACGCUUCCUCAAGACCAACUCGCCACCACGAAGGAGGAGAAGAAGGAAGAGCGUAAACUGCUCUAUGCGAGUCUGCUCAGCCGCAUGGUGUUGCCUGUCAUCAUCAUGGCGCCAGUGUUGGCGUUGACGGCCAAGUUCAUCCCAGUCAGCAUCUUGGACGAUCCGAUCUUCAUCAUCGUCUGUUUCUUGUUGACGGGUGCGCCGAGUGCGUUGCAGCUUGCGCAGAUUUGUCAGAUCAAUGGAGUCUUUAUGGGAGCCAUGUCGAGUCUGCUGGUAGCGAGUUAUGUUGUGGUCAUCUUUCCCAGCACGCUGCUGUUGGUGUUGAUGGCGCUAGAGGUGUUGGAGUGGGCUGUGAUUUGACGAAGGUGAGGAGAUGGCAUGAGAGCGGGAAAUGCUCUAUUGAUAUCUGAGAUCUGGUGCAUGGGUGUGGAGUAGACACGAACAGCACAGCUGCCUUGCACGGUCGCUGGAAGCAUAUCGGGAAAAGAGUGAAGGUGCACAGAAAGCAUCCCGGAUCUCAGCGGUUCGGUCUCGGUCUGGCUCAUGAUGAGUGCGGACUUGAUUUGCGUUUGUUCAUUUUGGCGAGGCGUUUCGAGGUGUCAUCUCAUUACUGGAAACUUGGGGCAUACCGCGAGCUUUUGUAUUCUAUGAUGAUCGCAAGCGGGAUUUUUGGGAGCUCUGCGGGACUUUCGGUCUGAGCGGUGAACGAGGUACAUGUGUCAUUCUU